CAGAUUUCAUACGCACGCAUGCUGACUUUGUUAAUAUGAGAGGCCUUUUUCGCUUGUAUGGUUGUGGUGGCUUUUUCUUAAUGUACAUACACAGUAUUUUUCUAUGACGUACUCUGUUUUCCAUUAUCAUCACCAUGUGCCAGGAGUGUGUGUGAAGAUGGAGUUUUUUUCCAGAGCACAUCUGAGCUGAAGAUAUUUACCUGUCGCCCAUUGGGAACCCUGGUCCAGAGAGAAAUCUGACACUUGGCAGGCAGUAUGGCGGACACUAUACCUGGAGGAAUAGUAGCGGCUGCAAAGAACCGUCUACAGGUAAUGAAAGGCUUGGAGGACGUGGAAGUGUCCGAGUGCGAGAGCUGCUCCUUUGAGGUAACCCUCAACUUGGCCUACAUCGAGGGAGUGUGGACCAGGGAUGGGAUGCAGCUCAAGUCAAAGCCCAACUGUCGCAUCAGUGCACACGGGAAGACACACUCCCUCAUAUUGAAUAGGGUGGCUCUGGGAGACGUGGGCUUGAUCUCUUUUCAGGCCAACGGUAUCGAGACGUCCGGACGACUCACUGUUAGAGCUCGGGACAUCCACAUUGUAAAGGAGUUAGAGGACGUCAGUACAAUGGAACGGCAGUCCAUCAGCUUCCAUUGUGAGGUCAACCAGGUGGACGUGGACGGUCGGUGGUACAGGGAUGACUGCAGGAUCCGACAUGGGGACAACAUUAAGAUCAGACAUCAGGGUAAAACCCACACCCUGUCUUUUAAGUCAGUCAGGCCUGAGCAUGCUGGUGAGAUCAGAUUCACCGCCGAGCGUGUCUCGUCUCAUGCAACUCUUACCGUAAAAGAGCUCCCAGUGCAAAUAGUGCGCCCCCUGAGGGUUAAGAUAGCCAUGUAUCGCCACCGAGGCUUGCUGGAGUGCCAGGUUUCUCGGGCCAACGCUCAAGUCAGAUGGUACAAGAACAGGAAACAGAUCCUGUCCAACAAGAAGUACCAACUUAUCAGCCAAGACGUCUUCAGGCAGCUCACCAUUGACGACGUCUGCUCCUCGGAUGAAGACACCUACACCUGUGACACAGGCGAUGACAAAACCUCUUGCCAGCUUCUAGUGGAGGAGCAGGCUAUCAGUAUAGUUCGGGGGAUGAGCUCCGUGGAAGUGAUGGAACCAGAGCCUGCACUCUUCCAAGUAGAGACCAGCUUGAAGUCAGGGAGGCCGCCCAGAUGGACCCUGAAUGGUACUGUGUUGGAGCCCAGCGAAGCGGUGGAUAUCUACAGGGAGGGAACCCUGCACAGCCUGUGCCUCACCUCCACAGAGACCUCCAUGUCGGGGCCGGUGGUUUUUGUUGCUGGCAAGAGUCGUUCGUCUGCUCAGCUUACUGUGAAAGAGCGACCCCUCCAAGUUGUGCACAAUUUGGACGACGUGGAAGCCAAAGAGAACAGCUCUGUGACUCUGCGUUGUGAGUUUGCGCCCUCCCCCAGGGUGGUGCGGUGGUUUAAAGGUCGUACAGCUUUGAAGACUUCAAACAAAUACAGCAUGAGGAGAGAAGGGAAACGUGCAGAGUUGACCAUCCAUGGACUGGUUGGAAUGGAUGCAGGGCAGUAUCGCUGCAUGGCGGGGGGUUCACAGAGCGCAGCACAUCUUAAAGUUGAAGCGCGGAAGCUUAAGUUAGUGAGACACCUUGAACCGGUGGAAAUCGAAGAGGACGGCAUCGCCACCUUCGCCUGUGAGCUCAACUAUGUGGUUGCCCACGCGGAGUGGCUGGUCAACAGCGUCCGCAUCUAUUCCAAUGCCAUCAACAGAAUCCAGCACAUGGGCACCAUGCAUAGCCUCACCAUGAAGAAGCUGAGGCCCCAGCAGAGCAGGCUUACCUUUAAAGCUGGUCUUCUUUCUGAGACGACAACUUUAAAAGUCAAAGAGCGCCCUGCAGUCUUCCUAAGACCUCUUGAGGAUGCAGUUGGAGAAGAGCAAGGGGAGGUCUGCCUCCAGUGUGAAAUUUCCAAAGAGUCUGUAAUCCCAGUCUGGAGCAAGGAUGGCAUUGUCCUGACGACUGAUGACAAGCAUGAGUUGUGCCAGUUUGGAAGGUCCAUGGCGCUGAUUGUUCAUUGCUUGAGCAAAGAUGACGCCGGACAUUAUACCUGUGAUCUGGGCACCAGCCAGACCAAAGCUAAAGUUUCUGUGCAUGACUUGCAUAUCACUUUUGCCCAGCGCUUGAAGACAACGUCCGUGCUAGAAGGUGAAAACUGCACUUUUGAGUGUCACCUUUCUCACAAUCUCAGUGAUGAGCCCUCCUGGAGCAUCAACGGUCAGGUGGUUGUCUCGAACACUCGUUUCCAGGUUGUAAACAAUGGUCGCAAGUACAAGUUGCGCAUUAAAGACGCGGUUCUAACCGACGCUGGUGACGUGGUCUUUACAAUUAAAGACCUGAGCUGCAGAACCAUGCUCUUUGUCAAAGAGAGGCCAGUGCACAUUUUUAGGGAUCUCCUUAAUGUCAAGACUGUGCCAGGUGAGGAUGCAGAGCUGAGCUGUGAGAUCACCAAACCUGAGGUCACCAUCCAUUGGCUGAAAAACGGUCAUUUAAUAAGGCAGGGUCCCAAAUAUAGGAUGAGUGUGGAGAAGAACUUGGCAAAGCUGAUCAUCAAGAACACCACAAUCAGGGAUUCAGGGGAGUACUCCUGUCAGGCUGAUGGGGUUGCAUCCCGUGCCAAGCUUGAGGUCAGAGAACUGCAACACACAUUUGCACGGGAGUUAAAGGACGCCCAAGCAGAGGAAAAGGGCAAAGUGACCCUCGAGUGUGAGACAAGACUGCCGGCCAAGCGAGUGACCUGGCUGAAGGGCAUGAUGGAGCUGAGGUCUGGUAGGAAGUAUGUCAUGAGGCAGAAAGGUGUGGUGCUGUCACUCACCAUCACAUAUCUGGAGAAGUUGGACACGGAUAUCUACACGUGUGAUGUUGGGACCAUGCAGAGCCGCGCACAGCUGACAGUGCAGGGCCAGAGAGUAGUGAUCCUGGAUGAACUGGAGGACGUUGAGUGCCUCGAAGGCGACACGGUCACGUUCAGGUGUCAAAUCUGUCCCAGUGACUACAUGGGCGUGAAGUGGUACCUGGAUGAGACUCUGCUGUACAACAAUAAGCUGAAUGAGAUCCAAAUGUUGUCGGGAGGCUACCACACGCUCACAUUUCGACAACUGGCACGCAAAGACACUGGCACCAUCUCCUUUGCAGCCAGCGACAAACGAUCCUACGCAUCACUGUUGGUGAGAGAGAGACGUCCAACCAUUUGUAAAGCGCUCGAGGACUGCGAGGCUAUCGAAGGAGGUGGCCUCGUUUUGUCCUGCGUGACAUCAAAGCCGUGUCACAUCCUGUGGUACAAAGAUGGCUGCCUGAUGUGGAACUCCUCCAGGUACUUUGCCAGUCGUUCGGAUUGUGAGGCUCGGCUGACCAUUCGGGAGGUCUCCCAAAGUGACGCCGGGGUAUACGAGUGCAGUGCUGGAUCUGUUACAACCAGGGCUGUUGUCACCGUCAAAGCCAUCCCAGCCGAGUUCACGCAGCCUCUACAGAGCGUAGAGGCCCAAGAAGGUGCCACUGCUACCCUGACUUGUGAGUACUCCCUGCCGGGCGUCCAGUUUCACUGGAGAAAAGGUGUGGAGAGCCUCAGGUCUGGAGAUAAGUACGUGAUUAAGCAAAGAAAGACCAUCAAUUCUCUCAUAAUCCGAGCUCUCCAGCCAGACGACUCAGGGGAGUAUACCUGUCAGUGCAGAGGUCACCACACGACAGCAAGCCUCAAAGUACACGCCAUCCCGAUUACAUUCAUACAACAGCUGAAGAACAUGCAAGCAGAGGAAGGCAGCAAUGUCGUCCUGCGUUGUGAACUCUCCAAACCUGGAGUGCCAAUAGAAUGGAGGAGGGGACAAGAAGCUUUGAAGAAUGGUGUGAAGUACCAGAUGAGGAGAUGGGAGACAGCGCUGGAGCUUUUGAUAUGGAAGGCUGUGCCCGAGGACAGCGGUGUUUACAAGUGUUUGUCCGCCGAUCAGCUCACAUCCGCCACUGUCCAAAUCACUGCUCUACCGCUCACCUUCAAGCAGAAGCUCCGCAACGUGACCACUGAGGAGGGCAGCACUGCAACUUUACGCUGUGAGCUUUCCAAAGCGUCUCUCUUUGUGGAGUGGAGGAGAGGAGAAGAGCUCGUCAGGAACGGAGACAAAUAUCACAUUCGCCAGAGAGACACCCUGAUCGAACUGAGGAUCUCGGACGUGACACCAGAGGACAGCGACAGCUACACGUGCAUUUGUGGGAGCAUUGAGACCACGGCGACUGUCACUGUGAACGCUCUCCCCAUCACCUUCAAGCAAAAGCUGAAGAACCUUCAAGUGGAGGAAGGACACAAUGUCACGCUGUCUUGUGAGCUCUCCAAACCUGGCAUCGCUGCGGAAUGGAGGCUUGCUGGGGAGCUGCUGGAGAAUGGAGAGAAGUACCAGAUGAAGCAGAGGGGCUCUGUGCUGGAGCUGACUGUCAGAGACGCUCUACCGGAGGACAGCGGUGUCUACGCCUGUGUCUGUAGAGACCAGAAGACAAAGGCAACCGUUAAAGUUCUUGCUGUUCCCGCAACAUUCAAAGUGACCUUGAAAAACCAGGAGCCAGAAGAAGGCCAAAGCGUGACGCUGCGAUGCGAACUGUCAAAAAAAGAUGCCCAGGUACAAUGGCAGAAAGACGGACAGGCGCUAUCUGAGGUGUCGGACAGAAAAUAUCUGACUAAGCUGGAGGGGAAGACGGCUGAGAUGACCAUUGUCAACGUUCAAGUGGAAGAUUCAGGGAGGUACACUUGCGUCACAGGAGACGAGAAAACCACCGCUGAGCUCAAAGUGAAAUCACUUCCUGUCACCUUCAAACGAGAACUCCACGAUGUGAAGAUAAAGGAGGGUGACAGUGGGGUUUUAUGCUGCGAGCUCUCCAAACCUGGAGCUCCAGUGGAGUGGAGGAGAGGUCGAGUACUUCUGAGGAGUGGAGGCAAAUACGAGAUGAGGCAGGAGGGUCCCUACACCAAGAUGGUCAUCAACAACGUGGAGGAGAGCGACGCCGGGAAAUACAUCUGCAAGACCAAGGACAGCCAAUCUGCUGCCGAGCUCACAGUCCAAGGUCUGCCGCCACGUUUCACGCUGCUGCUGGCAAACCAGGAGGUAACGGAAGGCACCAGUGUGUUUUUUCGCUGUGCGCUCAACAAACCUGCCCAGUCGGUGGAGUGGCGGAGAGGAGGGUUGGUGCUCAGGCAUGGAGACAAACACCAGAUGAGGAAGAGGGAUUUGCAACUGGAGAUGACGAUUGGAGAGGUCACCCUGGAAGACGCCGGUGAUUACACCUGCACAUGUGGUGAAGAGAGUACGACAGCUCGGGUGGCAGUGAAUGAACGACCUGUCAGAUUCCUGCAGGAACUGAGUAAUGUUGAAGUGCAGGAGGGCAAUGUUGUUGCACUGUGCUGCGAGCUUUCCAAAGCAGGGCUCACGGCUCAGUGGAUGAAAGGAGACAAGGUGCUAACCAGCGGCGAGAAGUACCAGCUAAAACAAAGAGGCUCCACCCUGGAGCUGCUCAUCAGAAAGAGCCAGCCUGAAGACAGCGGCCUUUACUGCUGCGUUUGUGAAGGCAUUAAAAGCACUGCUACCAUUAUCAUCACCGCGAUUCCAGUGGCAUUCAAGCAAAAGCUGAAGAACCAGGAAGUCGUGGAGGAGAGCGGUGUGACGCUCCACUGCGAGCUCUCCAAACCGGGGGUCCCGGUGGAGUGGCGGAAAGAUGCUCAACUCCUGAGGGACGGAGGCCGAUAUCAGCUGAAGCAGGAGGGCAGGGUGUGCACGGCGCUGAUCGGACAUGUAACGCUCCAGGAUGCUGGGGAAUACAGCUGCUCUGUUGGUACAGCUGUCACUUCAGCGGAUAUCAAAGUAAGAGCGCUUCCUGUCACAUUUAACCAAGAAGUUCAGAGCUUGGAGGUUAAAGAAGGUGACAGCGGAGUGUUCUGGUGUGAGUUGUCGAAGCCUGGAGCUCCGGUGGACUGGAGGAAAGGAAGAGUGAUCCUGAAGCCUGGUUAUAAAUAUGAAAUGAAGCAAGAGGGAAAUCUCACCAGGCUUUUCAUCAACAACGUGGAAGAGAGCGAUGCUGGGAAAUACACCUGCAAAACCAAAGACAGCCAAUCUACUGCCGAGCUGGUGGUGAAAGCUCCUCCCAUCACAUUCAAAACCAAGUUGAAGAACCAGAAAGUGGAGGAGGAGAGCAGCGUGACGUUGACAUGUGAACUGUCCAAGCCUGCCCUUGCUGUGGAGUGGAGGAAAGGACAAGAGCUGCUGAAGAAUGAUUUCAAAUAUCAGAUCAAAAACCGCAACAGCAUGUUGGAGCUGGUGAUCAAGAACAUGCAACUGGAGGACAGUGGAGUCUACAGCUGCAUCUACGGCGAUGUCAAGACCGUAGCCAACAUCACUGUUACACCUAUCCCCCUCACCUUCAAGCUUGGUCUGAAGAACCAGGAGGCUGCCGAGGGAGGCAACGUCACCCUACGAUGCGAGCUCUCCAGGACGGGGGGUCCUGUGCAGUGGUGGAAGGGGGAGGACCAACUCCAUCAAGGAGGGAGGUAUCACAUGACUCUGAAGGAGAACAUCGCGGAGAUGAGCAUCAGGAACAUCCAGCCGGAGGACGUCGGGGAGUACAGUUGCCUCUUUGGCGAGCAGAAGACGACGGCUGAAGUCAACGUGCGAGCGGCGGCAUCCGUGUUCUUUGAGAAGGAGCUGGACAGCCAAGCGGUGAUGGAGGGCAAAUCAGUGCUUCUGUCAUGUGAGGUUUCUAGCGCUAACGUCCCGGUCACUUGGAAGAAAGACAACGCUGUGAUUGAAGCAGGGGGACGAGUGAGUUUAACAAAAAAAGGAGCCACACAUAUGCUGGAGAUCAAGCAGCUGCGUCUGGAAGAUGCAGGUGAAUACUGUUGCAUCACCAGGGGCAAGAAGACCACUGCCAAGUUGGUAGUAAGAGAGCGAGUGCGAAUUGUUACAGCGCUUAAAGACGUCACGGUGACAGCCGGGGAGGACGCCAAGUUUGCGUGUGAGCUCAGCCAUGCCAACGUGAGUGAGGGUACGUGGUGGCUAGGCUCAAGCCCGCUGCAGAGGAACGAGAUGAACCAGAUGACAUGCCAGGGUCGCCAACAGCGUCUGGUCCUCACCAUGACAACACCCGAGGAGACGGGUACUGUGGCGUUUGUGGUCGGGGAUGAAAGGACAUCUGCAAGUCUUCUGGUGGUACCAAAGCCCAAAGUUCUAUUUGAAGAGAUGCCUAAAGAUGUGACAAUCAUGGAGGGAGAGACAGCUACUUUGUCCUGCACAACUUCUGACGUCACCGCCGUUGUUACCUGGAGACGCAACCACAUUCCUCUCAGGAACGGGGAAAAAUUUGAGAUACACCAGGAGGGAAAAGUCAGUCUACUGCUCAUCCACGCUGCGGACCCCCGGGAUGUUGGAGUAUACUGCUGCGAUACAGGAGAUGUGCAGGCCACUGCCAAACUGACUGUGACAGAGCUCCCUCCGUUUUUCCAGGAAGAGCUGCAGAGUGUUGAGACUGAGGAGGGAAGCUCAGUUGUCCUGUACUGCGAGCUGUCCAAGCUUGGUGUGCCGGUGCAGUGGAAGAAAAACAGGCUGCCGCUGAGGGCUGGCAGGAAGUACGAGAUGAAACAAGAUUGCUGCCUCCUCCAACUUCACAUCAGGGAGCUCAAACUCGAGGACAGCGGCAGCUACACGUGUCAAGCGGGAAGCGCAGAGACAACUGCGGAUGUUACAGUCAAAGAGUCACCACCAUUCUUCAAGAAAGAUUUGCGGAGUGUGGAGAUUGAUGAGGGAGGUUCAGUCUCUCUGAGCUGUGAGCUGUCCAAACCUGGAGCACAAGUGCAGUGGAAAAAGAACAGACUGCCUCUGAGCGACAACAGGAAGUACGAGAUCAAACAAGAUGGCUGCCUCCUCCAGCUCAACAUUAAGGACCUCAAACUUGAGGACAGUGGGAGCUACACAUGUCAAGCAGGAAGUGCAGAGACCGCUGCAACUGUGAGAGUGAAAGAACUUCCAGCAUUUUUCAACAAAAACCUCCAAAACAUAAAGGCUGAGGAGGGUGGUUCCGCCUGCCUGUGCUGUGAGGUAUCGAAGCCAGAAGCCACAGUGCAGUGGAAGAAGAACAAGUUGCCGUUAAGAGCCGGGAACAAGUAUGAGAUGAAGCAGGAUGGCUGCCUCCUCCAACUUCACAUCAACGAGCUCAAACCUGAGGACAGCGGUACUUACUUGUGUCAAGCAGGAAGUGCAGAGACAAGUGCCACUUUGUCAGUAAAAGAGCUGCCUCCAUUCUUUGUUACAAACUUGCAAAAUAUUGAGGUGGAGGAGGAAGGUUCAGUCUGUCUCAGCUGUGAGCUGUCUAAACCUGGAGUGUCAGUGCAAUGGAAGAAGAACAGACUGCCUCUGAGGGCGAAUAGGAAGUACAAGAUGAAACAAGAUGGCUGCCGUCUCCAGCUCAACAUCAGUGAGCUGAAACCUGAGGACAGUGGCAGCUACACAUGUCAAGCAGGAAGUGCAGAGACAACUGCAACUGUGUCCAUAAGAGAGCUCCCAGUGUCAUUCAAAGCUGACUUAGAAAAUACAGAGCUGGAGGAGGGAGAUACAGCCGUCCUCAGCUGUGAGCUGUCUAAAUCUGGAGCAUCCGUGCAGUGGAAGAAGAACGGGCUAACUCUGAGGGCCAACAGGAAGUACGAGAUGAAACAAGAUGGCUGCCUCGUCCAACUCAACAUCAGGGACCUCAAACCUGAAGACAGUGGAAGCUAUACCUGUCAAGCAGGAAGUGCAGAGACUUCUGCAACUGUAGCCGUGAGAGAGCUACCAUUAUUCUUCAAAGUGAAACUAAACAGUGUGGAGAUACAGGAAGGAGGUUCAGUCUCUCUGAAGUGUGAGCUGUCUAAACCUGGAGUGUCAGUGCAAUGGAAGAAGAACGGGCUGCCUUUGAGGGCCAACAGGAAGUAUGAGAUGAAACAAGAUGGCUGCCUUCUCCAGCUCAACAUUAAGGACCUCAAACCUGAAGACAGUGGAAGUUACACAUGUCAAGCAGGGCGUGCAGAAACCAUGGCAACUGUUUCUGUGAACGAGCUGCCGCCAUUGUUUGUGACAGACUUACAAAAUAUAGAAAUGGAGGAGGGUGGUUCAGUCUCUCUUAGCUGUGAGCUGUCUAAACCUGGAGUGUCAGUGCAAUGGAAGAAGAAUGGGCUGCCUUUGAGGGCCAACAGGAAGUACGAGAUGAAACAAGAUGGCUGCCAUCUCCAGCUCAACAUUAAGGAUCUCAAACCUGAAGACAGUGGAAGCUACAUAUGUCAAGCAGGAAGUGCAGACACUGUGGCCACUUUGUCAGUGAAAGAGUUGCCGCCAUUGUUUGUGACAGAUUUACAAAAUAUAGAAAUGGAGGAGGGUGGUUCAGUCUCUCUUAGCUGUGAGCUGUCUAAACCUGGAGUGUCAGUGCAAUGGAAGAAGAACGGGCUACCUCUGAGGGCCAACAGAAAGUAUGACGUGAAACAAGAUGGCUGCCUUUUCCAUCUUAACAUUAAGGACCUCAAACCUGAAGACAGUGGAAGCUACACAUGUCAAGCAGGAAGUGCAGAGACUGUGGCCACUUUGUCAGUGAAAGAGCUGCCUCCAUUGUUUGUGACAGACUUACAAAAUAUAGAGAUGGAGGAGGGAGGUUCAGUCUCUCUUAGCUGUGAGCUGUCUAAACCUGGAGUGUCAGUGCAAUGGAAGAAGAACGGACUGACUCUGAGGGCCAACAGGAAGUAUGAGAUGAAACAAGCUGGCUGCCGUCUCCAGCUCAACAUUAAGGAUCUCAAACCUGAAGACAAUGGAAGUUACACAUGUCAAGCAGGAGGUGCAGAAACCAUGGCAACUGUUUCUGUGAAAGAGCUGCCUCCAUUGUUUGUGACAGACUUACAAAGUAUAGAGAUGGAGGAGGGAGGCUCAGUCUCUCUGAUGUGUGAGCUGUCUAAACCUGGAGUGUCAGUGCAAUGGAAGAAGAACGGACUGCCUCUACGGGCCAACCGGAAGUACGAGAUGAAACAAGCUGGCUGCCGUCUCCAGCUCAACAUUAAGGAUCUCAAAGCUGAAGACAGUGGAAGUUACACAUGUCAAGCAGGAGCUACAGAAACCAUGGCAACUCUCUCCGUGAAAGAGCUCCUUCCACUGUUCAAGACAAACCUACAAAGUAUAGAGGCAGAGGAGGGAACAACGGCCGUCUUGUGCUGUGAGUUGUCUAAACUUGCAGUGUCAGUGCAGUGGAAGAAGAACACAGUGCCUCUAAAAGCUAGCAGCAAGUAUGAGAUGAAGCAGGAUGGCUGCAACCUCCAGCUUCAUAUUAAGGAGAUCCGUCCUGAGGACAGUGGCAGCUAUGCAUGCCAAGCAGGAAGUGCAGAGACCACAGGGACAGUAUCUGUAAAAGCGGCAAAGACUACCUUACCAAAGGAAGAACCGCCAACAAUGCUGCCACGGAGAAGGAGCAGUGUUUCCACUCCUACACCUGAGAAUGGGAAUCUACCUGAUGCUCACCCUCUUCCUCCAGAGCUCAAGAAGAGGACAAUGCGAAAAGCAUCCAUCACAGUGUUAGAACAAGAUAUAGAACCCAUGUUUAACAAUAAACAGCCUGUCCAGGCACUGCAAAGAGAAAAAGACACCCAGAAUGCAGAAACUGCUCAUAAUGCAAAACAGCAGGAGGACAAAAUGGACCAGGAUGUGGUUGUUUACAAAAGACAAGUAGCAUUACGUGAGAAGGACCCUGAGAUUGAAAAAGUUGACCUGGAGAAACGAGAACCAGGAAAACGACAAGCUGAAGUCAUUCACCCAGACAGGAUUCUUGGAGACAAGGAGGAAAAUCAAUGGAACCAGCCAUUUGAAGACCUGGAAACAAGUCGAAAGUGGCAAGAGAAACCUUUCAAAAAGGCCGGUGAAAAUGAGGAGUUGGAGAAACAUCCAGAGACAGCACUGUGGAAGCGAGUCGAGGAGGACAAAAAGGCUGUGAAACCGACUGUAAGCUCCAUUGGGGGCAAAGCAACAAUGGAACAAGAAGACAAGUCAAUUCAGCAAAGUGAAGAGGAUUUUAAGCCACCGGUCAGGUCCAAAGGGAAGGUAGGAGGAAGAGAGCCUCUUGAAUGUGUUCCAAAGGAAACUGACGAGAUCAUUCUCAGGCCAUCAAACACGACAAUCAAUGAUUCUCAGAAAGGAGAAAAACAGAGAGGCCGUGUGAAACAACUAGUGGCCACACAGAGAGUAGAGGAGCAACAUGUAAUGUCUCAAACUCAGGAUAACAAUUCAGUAGAAAUACAAACCAAGCCUCAAGAUGUAAUGGCUGGAUUUGUUCGUCCAAAGCCGCCGGUGAGGUCAAAAAGCAAAACAAGGACAGGAAUGGAGAAACAGCUAUCCGGAGACACUGAGACAGAUCAAGGUGAGCAACUCGGAAGGAGAGCGAUGACAACAUCUGAAGAUCAGCCUCUAAAACAGCCAACGAGGCCUUUGAAAGAGGAGACAUCAAGACCGGAGCAAAGCCAGUCAGUGCCAGCAGAUUCUGAACUGGUUGGGAAACAGAAAACAGCAGUCUCUAAACAGCUGAUCAAACAUCCCGUGAAACCCAUGAGAAAAGAACCUGAAGCGGACAAAGAAACUGAUCUUGGAUCACUGGUUGGGGACAAUGAAUAUGAAGCAGUGCAAACGACAGAAGAAGACAUUCCUCUCCUCUACAUCUCUGAAGAUGAAACUUUCUCAGAGGCAUUGACAGAAAUCCCAGUCAGCCACAGCAAUGUCCAACCCAACCCAACACAGCCCUGCACCCUUCUUCCCAUGGUGGUUCUGCAGAAGACAGCCCAGGAUGCUUCACCGGAGAUGUACACCAGCACUGGUGAUGAACUCCAAACAAAAGGACCUCCAGUCAAAGAUAUGCGUCCAGUCUUGAAAGAGGUCUUUAAGAACCAGUGUGCAGAUGCUGACGGCAGCCUCAGUCUGGUGUGUGUUGUAGAAGGACAAUAUGACACACUCCGCUGGCUCAAAGACGGCCAACAAAUCAGCAGUGAUAAGCGUCAUUAUACGGAAGCUACAGAGGAUGGAGUAUGCUCUCUCGUAAUCACCAACCUGACACUCAGUGACAGUGGCAUCUACACAUGUGAGGUGGUCAAUACGCACGGUGUGACAUCGCACAAUAGUAACAUAACGGUGGUUCAACCCCAGCAGCCUGCUCUGACAGAAAGGAGACCCGUGCACCCGCCGCUUGCCGCCAUUACUCCUCUUCACCUGGCCCCGCCCAAGCCUGAGGACAAAACACAGAUUCAAAAUCAAUUUCCGACCUCUGCAACGGAUGUCGAUAACUAUGUAGAGAACGUGGAUGUCUCUCUGUGGGAGGCCUACAACCUGACCGAGCAAGACAACCACAUGAACCUCCAAGAGAGGAGAGCAUCUUCCCUCAUCGCCAGCAGCUCCAUGUCAAGUCCAUCUGAUUAUGAGACUGCUCCAGAUGUGAUGGAACAUUUAGAAAUAUGCUCCAUUAAGACUACCCCGCCAAGGGAGCUUCCUGAGGCAACAGACCAAAUGUCUCCAAAGGAGGUGGAUGAAGAUUCCCAACCACUUAAAAAUGUAUUAACCGUCAAAGGAGCCCACGAAAGCCGCAUGAGAACACCAUCUCCUAAACAUCUUCGAGCCCACACACCGUUAGCCAGCACUGUCUCUGCGUCCGAGUCUGAAGGGGAAGAAGAUCAACGCGAGACAUUUGAAAUGUAUGUGGCUCGAGCAGACUGCAACCCCAACAGUGGAAGCAAGGACAGCUUUCUCCUGAAGGAGGGUCAAUACGUGGAGGUCCUGGACUCUGUCCAUCCAGACAAAUGGCUGGUGAGGACCAAACCCACCAAAACCAAUCCCGCUCGCCAGGGAUGGGUGUGUCCAGCCUACCUGGAGAAGAAGAGAAAGGAGACCUUGACGCAAUUCAGGGCACCCCAAGAGGAUCUUGAUGGGAUUGGUUCCACAGGAGAAGAGUACAGGAGGGCUUUGAGCCAACUCAUCCAAGGCCUGAUUGACGGAGAAGAGGAGUAUGUGAGAGAGAUGAGGACGUUCAUUUCACAUCAGCUGAAUCACUUGGACUCCAGUCGUCACGUCCCAAUCAACAUCCUCAACCAGAAGGACACCAUUUUCAGAAACAUAAAGGACAUUGUCUUUCUCCACGAGAGUUUCAUUCUGCCCGGGCUGAGAGCGUGCUCUACGGAUGAUGAUGUUGCCAUGCAUCUGAUCAAGUACUCGGAAGACUUUGAAAAGUACAUCCACUACAUGGUGGGCCAGGCACAAGCAGAGGCCUGCAUCGCUGAUAAAGUUACCCAACAAUACCUAAAGGAGUUGCCAGGAUCUGGUAGGCCAGAGGCUCCUGUCAUGGACGCCAUGACCUUCCUCCAAAGACCAGUUGAAAGGAUUCAGACCUAUCAAGCACUACUAAAGGAGUUCAUUAAGAACAAGGCCAAAAGCGGUCAGAGCUGCUGUCUGUUGGAGGACGCCUUCUCCCUGGUGUCCUGUCUGCACUGGAAGUCGGACAACCUGCACCAGGCCUCCCUCAUUGAGAACUACCCUGCCCCCUUGACCGCCCUGGGAGAGCCUGUGCGACAGGGAGCCUUCACAGUGUGGGAGGAAACGCCAGACAUCAAAACAACCUCAAGAGGGCACCAGAGACAAGUCUUUCUUUUCAAAGAAUGCAUUGUCCUCUGCAAACUGAAGAGGGAUGCCAGUGAUAUCUACACCUUCAAGAACAAAAUGAAGCUGAAUGAUGUGGAGCUCAAGGAGACAACAGGAGGCGACGAGAAGACGUGGGGGCUGUGGCACGAGCACAGAGGCUCAGUGCGGAGGUACACGCUGCAGGGCCGCUCGCCGCUGGUGAAACUUUCUUGGCUCAAAGACUUGAAGGAGUUGCAGCAACGAUCCAGCCUGCCCACCAACAGCCCACCCGUGUUUAAAUCUUUACUGUCGGACUGCACAACAAAGAUGGGACAGACCAUCAAACUGAGCUGCAAGGUCACGGGGACGCCUCAACCAGCAAUCACUUGGCUCAAAGAUGGUCUACCCUUGGAAGAUGACCCUCGUCACAUCAUCACAGCAGACCGCUGUGGCACAUGCAGCCUGAUCCUGGACAGCUUGACUGCAGAAGACUCUGGUCAAUACGUGUGCUAUGCUAGCAGCAGCGUGGGCAGUGCAGGCUCCCUGGCUACUGUCGUGGUACAGGCUCCACCCAGAUUUGUUAGUCGGCUGGAAAGUUGUUGUCUGAUGGAGAAUGAGGACAUGCAGUUUACCUGUUCCACUCAUACCACUCCUUUACCAAAAAUCAGAUGGAUGAAAGAUGGCCAAGAGUUGACCGACAAGCGAAAAUAUUUCAUCCUGAAUGACGCUCGCAGUGGAAUCUUGUCUCUGACGGUAAUCGGUGCAACAGAGGCGGACAUUGGACUUUAUGAGUGUGAGCUUUCCAAUGAGUUCGGCUGCGUGAAGUGCAAGGCCGGGCUGUGCCCCGCCUACAUCGCCCCCAGUGACGACCAGACACAUGACUUGCCUCCUAAAGAUGCAGAAUCAGAGGGUUGGUCGUCUUCCUUUGUGAAGAAAUGGCUGCAAACAGAUUUCACCCCUUCCUCGAUCGCCAAGAUGAUCUUUCCACCCACAUUUCACGAACAAGCUGAGCGCAGCAUUGGAAAAGUUCCUCAGUCAGCAUCUGUGGACCAGCCGGCACUGCCGCAGCCUCCGUGUUACAUGGAAGAAGAAGAGGAAGAACUCUACUUCUCAGAGCAAAUGCAGGAAAUUACAGACGUUCCUCCCUUCGUCCAAGUAGCGCCAGAGGACAUGUGUGUUGAGCCCGGUCAACGAGUUACUUUUACCGCCAUCAUUACAGGAAGGCCUACACCACAGAUUCAGUGGUACAAGGAUGGAGAAGAACUCACAGCCAAUGAGAAUGUGGAGAUAGUACAGCACGCUGCUCGCUGCUCAGUGACUAUCAUGUGCCCUGAAGGUGAGGACAGCGGCAUUUACACCUGCUUCUCCUACAACGACUCGGGGCACGUUUCGUGCCAAGCUCAGCUCACAGUGGAGGAAGGUCCACUGGGGUCUCAGGACAGAGAGGUGGAUCUCGGGAAGAGAAGGAAGCUGUUUGCUGUCUAUGAUGUAGGGGAGGAAAUAGGAAGGGGAACAUUCGGGGUAGUGAAACGCGUAACCCACAGACGCACGGGUGAAGUCUUUGCUGCCAAAUUCUUACACCUGCGGAGCAGCACCCGCACCCGGGCCUUCCAGGAGAGGGACUUGCUUUCCCGCUUGGCUCAUCCCAGGGUGGCUUGUCUGCUGGAUUUUUUUAGCACUCGGCGCACACUGGUGCUCAUCACAGAAAUCUGCUGCUCUCAUGGGCUUGUGGACCAUUUGUUGCUGAGAGGAUUAGUCUCAGAGAAAGAGGUUCAGUCGUAUGUGCAGCAGAUUCUUGAAGGCGUUGGGCAUAUUCAUAGCAUGAACAUUUUGCACCUGGACAUCAAACCGGAGAACAUCCUCAUGGUGUAUCCGCCCAGAGAUGAAAUCAAGAUCUGUGACUUUGGCUUCUGCCAGGAGGUAGACACGUCCAGACAUCAGUACAGCAUGUUUGGUACACCUGAGUUUGUCGCACCCGAGGUUGUCCACCAAGAACCUGUCAGUGUUGCAACGGAUAUCUGGUCUGUGGGUGUGAUGGCAUAUCUGUGUCUGUUGUGUCGAUGCCCCUUUGCUGGCGAGACGGACCGCACUACACUGCUGAGAGUGGGCGAAGGGACACUUAACUGGGACUCCCCGGAUGUCAUGUGUCGGAGUCCUGAGGCUCAGAAUUUUCUCCGUAGUCUUCUUCAGCCAGACCCAGAGAAGCGACCGUCUGCCUUUGAGUGCUUGAGCCAUGAAUGGUUGCAGGAUGAAAACGCAGGGGAAGACACAGAUGAAAUUAACACAAAGAGUUUGAAAGUUUUCAUCUCGAAACGAAAAUGGCAGCGUUCUUUGACUUGCGUUGGGUCCGUGCUCACGUUGAGACAAAUCCCAGAGCUUCUGGAUGCUCCGCUCAGAGACACGGCAGUGACGGUACCCCGUGAACCCCAGCAGAACAGCAGCAGCUCCGUGAGCAGCGGCUCAUCAUCGGAGUAUGACGAGGCUGACUCGUGGGACUUCUUCCAGCACUGCAGUCCGACUGAGGAGGAGGAGGAGGCAGAAACAGAGGACGACUGUGACCCUUUGAGGGAGAGAGCCCAGCUCCCAGAACCGUUUGCUCUACUUAACCGAGAUCUGGACGAGGAGGAAGAAGUGACCUUUGGGGAAGAGGAGGAUGAGGAGUUGGGUGGAAGGAGGAGCAUGCUAGAGCGGAGUGUCAGCAGGCAGUCUGUCGCGUCGUCAGAUUUGUCAUACCUGCAAACACCUCAGAAUGAACGAAGAUUCAACAGGGGCAGUAGUCCGUCCCUCAACCUUUCAGAUGGCGAUGAGGGCUCCGGGAGCGAUGCAGGUCGAAUCCCUCGUGGCAGCGUGAUCCGAAGCACAUUUUACAGCACCUCUCAUCAGCUUUCACCCAUGUCUGCCAGACACAUGACGUUACGGGACAAGUUCCAGGCCAAAAAGCAAGAGAGAGGCCGCAAGCCACUCCGCAGAAGCCUUUCAGGGCGCCUCAAUGAACCUCUCAUAGAAUAUGUGGAAGAUGAUACAGAGACCAACCGGAGCCAGAGACGGGGAUCCGUUCAACCCACAAUGCACAAGUCCACUUCUUUUGACAGCUGCGUCGUCCUCCCCCAAACCAAUGUGCCGCCACACAGGAGGAGCAGGUCUCUUGAUGAGUACUCUCGGCGGUCCCCUGGUUCACCCCGACGCUCAAAGCCAGGAGACGAAGAAGGUAGUCAAAGUCUGAAGGAGGAUUUCACAGACGAUGAACUGGGAGGGAAGAACUUGCUGGUCAUCCCAAGCCCUCGGCGACCCAUUAGAAGAAGGGGUUCCCUUGCUCCUGUGCAGGGUACGCACGCAGUGGGUGGUGUGUCUGGUCCUGUAACCCUUGUUGUUGGUGACAGAAUAGGCAAGAGGUUGGAUCAGGACCAAUCAGAGGGAGAGGCCUUCGCUGGCUCCCAGGGUUCCUUGACCGAGUCGUCCAUUUUGGAGCAUGGUGGCUCUGAGUCCUCCAGUAGGCUUGGGUCAUAUGAGGAGCUUAGAGGGCGAUAUAGAUCAGGAGAAAGUGAAGGGUAUGAUGAUCCAGGGGAACCACUGACUUCACCAUCCCCUCGCUCAUUUCAAGAACUCAAACCCAGAUUCCCCUGUCCUCAAGCCCCACCACGCAACCGCACACGGUCCAACCCCAACAUAAGUAACAUGCAGACCUCAUUAACACCCAGUCCGAGUCCUAGCCUCUCCUCUCUCCAGGCUCCCGAAAGGCCUCCCAGAGCCAAAGAUAAGAAAGAAGGACUCCAAAGAACCGCAUCUGCACCAGCCCUCCAACUUACUCCACCCACAGGAAAAUCCCCAAAACUGGGAUUGCUCAGGAUCUUUCGCAGGCAGUCCUGGACUGGCAAUUCCUACUCCCAGCUGGAGAAUGCACAGUUAGGACCGACCCUAGGAGAGAUCAUGAAGCCGGAUACACCGACCAUGUCGCUCCGAAAGAAGAUGAGAACUUCAGCAUCAAGUCUCACCAAGCUGUUUUCAAGGUCUUCCAGCAAGGAGGAUUUGAGUAAAGGAGGGCCAAUAGUUAAGGUACCUGAAAGGGAGCAGGGUCUUGAGAGUCCAAAAAAGAGGACUUCCAAGCGCUUGCCUUCUUUGAAGAUACCAGCAUUCAAAAAAGCCAAAGAUCUUCUAGUGCGUCCCAACAAGGCCGAGGUGCUCCAGUUAGAUGGCGGUGGAGUAUUGCUAGUGUGGAGGCCUAUCCAGUCCAGCGAUCCUGUGAUGUACUGCGUUCAGUACUCCACAGACGGUGGAGAGUGGACGGUCCUGUCAGAGGAUGUGACAGACAGCAGCUACGUGGCAAAGGAUUUACCCACAGGAGCUUCAUAUGUCUUCAGGGUUGGCUGCAUCACCAAGACCGGCGCGGGACCGUUCAGUGAUGCCUCAUCUCCCGUUGUCAUGGCAACUCACCCAGAAGAUGCUCACAUUCCUCUCAUCCAGACUGAGUGCCUGGCAUCAAAGAUCAGUGGCUCAGGAAGCCAAGCAGCACAGAGGAGUUAUAACUUCCUUUCGGAAAUCAACAGGGGCCGCUUCAGUGUUGUCACCUUAUGUCGGAAUGCCGAGACCAGCCAAGUGUUUGCCGCCAAGAUCACUCCUUACCGGGCGGAGCAGAGGCUGCUGGUCCUGAGGGAAUAUCAGCUGCUGAGGAGGCUUCACCAUGCCCACCUGGUCCAGCUGCACACGGCCUACAUAACCUCCGCUUACCUAGUGCUGGUGGAGGAGCUGUGUCCUGGCAAAGAGCUGCUCUACAGUCUCGCUGCAAGAGAUGUGUACUCCGAGGCUCACGUGGCCGAGCUGCUGGGGCAGAUCCUGAGCGCGGUCGACUACCUUCACGGCAGGCGAGUGGUCCACUUGGACCUCAAGUCGGACAACAUGCUGGUGGAUGACGGCGACCGCCUGAAGAUCGUGGACUUCGGCUCAGCUCAGUCCUUCAUACCCGGUCAGCCGCUCCACGUGGAGCACCUGCAGGGCCUGUCGGAGAGCAAAGAGCACCGCAGCAAAGUUUAUAUUGUCCUUCCUAAAGCUCCGGAGAUCCUGGAAGGCCAAGGUGUCGGACCGGAGACGGACAUUUGGGCCAUCGGUGUUCUUUUGUUCAUUAUGUUGAGCGCCGACAGUCCAUUUCAUGCAGAGCUGGGCUGGGAGCAGGACAGAAACAUCAAGAAAGGGAAAAUCCAGUUUGGACGCUGUUACCCUGGUUUGUCCGAAGGAGCCUUGAACUUGAUGAAGAGCAGCCUGAACAACAAAUCCUGGGGCCGACCCUCUGCGGCCGAGUGUCUCCAGAACGCAUGGCUGCGGGUUCACCGCGCCCCGCAGCGAUCGCGCCACUCUAAGGUGUGUUUCUCCACCGACAAGCUCAAAGCUUACCUGACGCAGAAGGAGGAGAAGCGAGACCAGGUGCGCACCAAGCUUCAAAGUCCUUUCUUCCCGCAAUGAAGCCCUCAUCAGCAUCUUUGGCAAGGGGGAAUGUAGCUUACAUGCUUUCACAUGGUGGCGUGUCAGCCGCUGAAGCGUCCUCUGAUGAUGUGUCUUAAAAAGCUGCGUGAUCCUUUAUUAAAGCCAUGCUACGUGUGAUACGGUUUCACAUAUCAGGGAUCACUGCAGUGAUAAUACAGUAUGUGGUCGGCUUUUUUUUGUCUUUUUGUUUUAAUGUGCAGUGUUGGGAGAAAUAAAUAUAGUUUUCCAUUAAUGGGUAAUUAAUAAUAUUUCAAUUGCUAUAAAGCCGUUAGCGACAGUGAUGGAUGGUGAGUUAGUAUGCACUGAUAUCGAUGUCAACCACAUGGGUGUGGUUUCAGUCACCAUCGCUCACCACUACUAUACAGGAAGCUAAAUAGCCAGUCGACAAGAGUUGAUGUUGCUCACUUUUUAGGAAAACACUGACCCCUAGCGGUUUGGUAGAGAACUGCAAGUCACAAGCUCAAAGAAGUCAUCGAUGCGGCACACGCUGCCACAAAGCUAAAUCCCAAUUCUUUGGCAUAUUUGAAGCUUUCUCAAAAAAGUAACACAAUAAUUACUUUCCCUGGUAAAUAAUUCUGUUACAUUUUUGGGAAAGUAACUACAGCAAUCCCUCGUUUAUCGCCGUUAAUCUGUGAGUUUUGGCAAAGUAGGAUUCCUUAUGUAGAAAGGAAAUAUUUUGCAGUUGUAGCAUAGAAGCCCUGUGUAGGAAUUUCUAAAUCUGCUUUUGAACAUUAUUAGAGCCCUCUAGAGAGGAUAUUACUGCCCUAUAGUCACAGUUACACUCUUAUUACCCAAUAUAGUAGACAUAAUAAGCGAAUAUAUGUGAAAGAAGUCUUUGUUAGAGCUAUCUUGUGAAGUUAUGAAAAUGUGCUAAAACACCAAAGCAGUUCCCUUGUGAUAACAUGUGCUGGCCCAUGUGCUGUGCACAUGGCCAAGGUCAUAGGUUAUGGGUCAGCACCCCCUCCUCACCCUACUCACCUUACUCCCGUAGCUGACCCCCUCCUCACCCUGUUCCAGUAAUUUUCCAUUUCUUUGUGUGACUUUACUUCCUACUUCAUAAAAAGCGGCCGCGGACGGCGGAACUUUGACAGUCUGGAGGAGCAAACAUGCAGGUGUAAGCUCUGCUGUCCAACUCGAGUGAAAGACAAUCUUGGCUGGUGUGAGUCUGUUCCUUUGAGUAGUUAUACAGUCUUGGUUGUCUGCAAGGAUUUCCCUGACAAUAUAACAAAGAGAAAACCUGUUUACAACCUUCUAAGUAUGUUUUUAACAUUAUUAGAGCCCUUUAGACAUGAAAUUACACCCCAUAGUCACAUUUACACCCCUAUUACCCAAUAUAAUAUUAGUUAGAGCACAGAAAACGUAUUUACAACCUUCUAAAUCCCCAUUUUAACAUCAUUUGAGCCCUCCAGGAAUGAAAUAACACCCCAAUAGUCACAUUUACACUCUUAUUAUGCAGUAUAGUAGACAUAAUACAAGUAAGAGAAUACGAGACAUAAAAAACCUCUUUACGACCUUCUAAGUAUGAUUUUAACAUUAUUAGAGCCCUUUAGACAUGAAAUAACACCCCAAUAGUCACACUUACACUCUUAUUAUGCAAUAUAGUAGACAUAAUAAGAGAAUACGAGACAUAGAAAACCUCUUUACAACCUUCUAAGUAUGAUUUUAACAUUAUUAAAGCCCUUUAGACAUGAAAUAACACCCCUAUAGUCACAUUUACACUCCUAGCACCCAAUAUAAUAUUACUUAGAGCAUAGAAAACCUGUUUACAACCUUCUAAAUACACUUAACAUCAUUAGAGCCCUUCAGACAUGAAAUAACACCCCUAUAGUCACUUUUACACUCCGAUUACCCAAUAUAGUAGACAUAAUCAGAGAAAAUAAGACAUAAAUAAGACUUGUGCUCGUGUGUGUUGCUGUCUGGUAAUAAUUCGGUUACUUUUUUGGGACCGUUCAGUAACUUCAGUAAUCCCUUGUUUAUCACGAUUAAUCAGUGAAUUUCGGCAAAGUAGGAUUCCUUAUUUAGAAAUUGAAUAUUUUUGUAGGUACAGCAAAGAAAAUCUGUUAAAGACCUUCUAAAUCUGAUUUUAACAUUAUUAUCGAGCCCUCUAGACAUUAAAUAACACCCCUACAAUCACCUUAACACUUCUAUUACCCAAUAUAGUAGACAUAAUAAGAGAAAAUUAGACUCGUCCUCAUGGUGCAGACAGGACGUGACGUCUGGGUUUCAGAGUUCAAUUGAGCAACAGUAGCCCGUGUUGGGGAUUAUUGUACCCGUCAUUCAAAGCGGGAAUCUAGUCUGGUGCUUGGACAUCACAGUAACAUUACUGACACCUAGAGGCCAGUGUGGAACACUACAUAUCACCACAACACAUCUUUGAAUUCUCUCUCUUACUUCAUUUCGCCAUUUUUAUGCUUGAAAAUGCAAAUAUGCACAAACCAGCUUGAUUUAUUCAUAGAUUUUGGAUUUUUUGGUGCGGGAUUACUGUACAACGAAUUACAUUUGAAAACUAAUUUGCCCAUCUAAUUUGCCCAUCACUGCUGCUGUGUAGAUUUCCGUCUCAAUCAUACCAUUUCCUGUGUCAAGCUGCUGUUUUUGGCGGGCGAGCGGGGUGAAAUAAAUGCCAUCAAGUUGAUUAGUGAUUGUCUGGCUUUAUUGAUUCAGCACAAACUUGCAUG